GCGAAAUUUUCCAAACACUAUUAUUGUGAUAUUUAGUUACUUUGAUGUUCGUACCAACACUGUCAUUGCAAAAUGAAACUAACAUAUUGUUUGAGAAAAUUCUUAUCACAGCACCAUGUUGUAAGGCACAUUAGAAAAUGUGGACCGUCAUAUGGCUUUGGUGAUGAGAGCAAUCGGUUGGAGAAUGCUAAGCACAAAGUUGUUGUUGAGUACAGUUCCCCGAAUAUAGCCAAACCUUUUCACAUGGGCCAUCUGCGGUCAACAAUAUUGGGAAACUUCCUGGCAACCCUGUAUGAGCGACUUGGUUGGAAUGUCAUACGUCUCAACUACCUUGGGGACUGGGGCACACAGUUUGGUGUACUGGCAGUGGCGUUUAAAAAGUAUGGGGAUGAGGAGAAAUUGAAAGAAAAUCCUCUGCAGCAUUUAUUUGAUAUUUAUGUGAAUAUAAACAAGGAGAAAUCAUUAGGAAAUAAGGAGAUUGACAAAGCUGCCUUGGAAAUGUUUAAAAGAAUGGAAAGUGGUGAUCCUGAGGCAUUAUCAAUGUGGCAGAGGCUAAAGGAUAUAAGUCUUCAGGAGUAUGACAAAAUGUAUGAGAGACUGGGGGUCAAGUUCACAGAACAACAUUCCGAGUCCAUGUAUAAAGAUGCUGGAGUGUCCGUCAUAGACAGACUAAAGAAAGAGGGGCUGUUCCAAAAGGAUGACAUGGGUAAAGGGUAUGUUGAGUUCAAAACUGGAGCCAAAACCAUUCCAGUUGUGGUGCUGAAAAGUGAUGGAACCUCUCUCUAUAUUACAAGAGAGAUUGCUGCCCUAACAGACAGGUUUGAGAGAUACCGCUUUGAGAAAAUACACUAUGUGGUGGAGAAUGGCCAGCACCUGCAUUUUGAGCACAUGUAUGGAGUCAUUAACACACUGCCAGAAUACAGGGAUAGAUUGAAUGCAGACCUGCACGUUAAGUUUGGUCGUGUGGAAGGCAUGAGCACUCGACAGGGGAACGUGGUGUUCCUCAAGGAUAUCUUGGAUGAGGCCAGGAACAGAAUGACCCAAACCCUCAAAACCAAAUCUACCACACGUGUUGGACCUGGCGAGAUUGCUGGCACUGCAGAGGAACUUGGUCGCAGUGCAAUAUUUGCCCAAGACUUGAGCCAACAAAGGCUGAAACCUUACGCUUUUGAUUGGGACCGAGUGCUGAAUUUUAAUCAGGAUUCAGGGGUCUUUCUGCAGUAUUGUCAUUCACGGCUUUGCAGCAUAGAAAGAAUGAAUAGCGAAGUCGCAAUCUUGGAGGAAAUGGUAUUGGAGGAUGAACAUUAUUCUGUGCAGCAAGCAGCAGAUUUGAUCAACCAUCUGCAGGAGUACGAGCAGGCUGUUGAGAGGUCUUUCUCUACUCUAGAGCCUUAUGUGAUCGUCAGAUAUCUUUAUGCAUUAUGUCACAAAGUGAAUGCAGCCUACAAGGUGUGCAGAGUAAAGGAGGCUCAAGAUGCCCAGCUUCAGGCGUACCUGCAGAUGUUCAACGCAAGUAGGGUAGUCCUGUCUUCAGGAAUGGAACUUCUCGGUUUGCAUCCCCUGGAGAAGAUGUGAGGACUUUGAAAACAACAACAUACAUUCAGGAUUUUCUAUGAGUGAUCAUAAGGGAUGGUGGGCCGCCAUGUAUUGGCCUCAGAGGCUUUUAAGCUUCCCAGACCACUACAUUGUUUUUGAGACACGUAUAGCAACCAACUUGUAUGUGAACUGAGUGUGACAGCUGUAUUUUUAUACACAUUAAAGUGUUGUACAAUGGAAGAUAAUUUCCUUGACUCCUUCCAGCUCUGUCUUUGAGUCACUCAACCAUGUGGUAACUAACCUGAACUGAUAGUAACUCAUUAUCACAGGCAGCACAAAGCACAACGUUUUAAUGAAUUGAUGUAUGCCUCUUCUGUGAAUGUGUUGAACUCCAACAGUUACUGCUUUUCUGUAAACAUGUUCAAAUACAUUUUAAAUUAAAUUUAAAAAAAUCA